UCAUACCGGGCUGUUUGAUAAGGGGUUCAUAAAGUGAGAGUGGUGGGUGGGGGUGGCAUGGGUGAGGAGGAAGAAUGGUGAUGAUGCUCUUCCCUGUAUAUCUUCUGGAGUCCUCAUUUCCGAUCGCUUGAUUUCAGUUUGCAGAUGCCGACAGAUGUGCCCGAAGACAGCGAGGAGAAUGCGGCCACGUGUGACAGUAUGACUCUGCCCAGCACUCCAACCGUUCGCAGAGGAAGCACUCCUCUGCCGAUUAAGCACCAGCUCAGGCGAGAAGAAGCCGUCCACGAUGAAUGCGACUGGGCGUCAGGUGCGGCCGGGCCUUCGGUGUCCCCAAACAGUUUCAGCCCUGCCUUGGAUGAUACUCCAACCGUGACUGUGGAGGGCAGACCUGACGGGCCACUAAGGAUUGCUCUCCUGGGGCAGAAUGGCGUCGGGAAGUCCUCUCUGGCCCUGGCCCUCGCGGGAGACAUGGACAGGACUGCAUCUGUGGAUUCUGAUGGGGAGGGUUAUGUGCACACAGUUACCGUGGAUGAUGAGGAGAGCACCAUCAUUAUCUAUGACAACUGGAGACAGGACCUGUCGGCUCUGCAGAGUGAGGUGUGCGUCUUGGUGUUUUCGGUGACUGACAGGCGUAGCUUCCACCGUACCGCGCAACUUCGGCUUCUCCUGAGAGAGACUCAGCCCCAGACUCCUAUAAUCCUUGUUGGUAAUAAGAGUGACCUCGUUCGCACGCGUGAGGUCACCUCUCAAGAGGCCAUGUCUAGCGCUGCCCUUUUCAACUGUCUGUAUCUGGAGAUCUCCGCCUCUCUGGAUCACCGUACCGUGGAACUCCUGGAGUGUGCGGUGCGACUAGCCAGGGGCCAGUCUCCCUGGCCUCCGGGGACAAGCGCCGAGGACAUGAGCGGAGGAGGGCAACGUGAAAGCAUCACAUCUCGUGCCAAACGUUUCCUGUCCAGUCUGGUGCCUCGGUACCCUCGAGAGCGAGAGGUGGGGAAGUUCCUGAGGCAGAAGUCCCGCUCCUGCCACGAUCUGGGAGCGCUGUGAUGGUGCCCCACGGGGAGCAAGUGGUUAGAUUGUUAACAGGGAUAGCUGGAAGGGAUGUAUUAUACCAACAAAGAGAAAAAGAUGUAGUGAUGCAAAUGAGUAGACAAGACAGGAGGAGUGACUAAGAAAAUGUGAAGGAAACAGUGAUAACAGGACAAUGUUGUGAGGCUCACUCAUCAGAGGAUAAUUGUUGAUAGGAUGAUAUAGAAACUCUGUAGACAGAAAAGGAGAUGAUAAAAUACCGUUGUAGAAACAUGUAAAUAAACUGUAGUAGUGACAUUUAACUGCAACCUUCACAGCUUUGAGAACUAAAUAAAUUGUUUUUUUGAGUCUUGAGAAAGUGAGUGCACA